AUGAAUAUUACCGAUGAGGAUGAUUUCCCUGAAAAUAUUGAAAUCGAAGAUAGUGAAAUUGAGGAAAAUAACAGUAACGAUGUGCAAUAUGCAAAUGUUGAAAUCCACAGAAAUGACGAUGAAGACGUUAACAGUAAUUAUGAACAAAAUACAGAUAUUGAAGAUGAUGAUAUCCCCCCUCUUCCACCCCCGAUUUCUUUGCCUUCAUUUUCUCCUCUCACAUCUCCACAACCUACUGCUUAUCAUAAUCAACCAUCUACUGCUGACUCACAAGCUAUUAGUAAUAUGGACGAGUGUGAUUCAUCCGAUGAUAAUGAAUAUAUUAUAGAUCAAUACAGCACAGGUUAUUUUAUUCAAGAUGCGAUGAUGUACAGACCAUGGAAAAUCUUUCCCCCUGCCCAAGCACGUGGUACAUAUGUUUGUCGAUUACAUACAUGGUUACUUGCUCGACUAAGUAGAAGGGAAUUUACUGAAGAUGACAGAGAGUUUAUAACGAGGUGUUUGGAGAAUUUGAGAAAUUGGAAUAAUGUCGGAGAAACUGACUAUAGGAUCAGAGAUGAGAAUGAAGAGUAUCAAGCCAUAUUUGAAGAGUGGCCCGAGAAAAUUAGACAAUAUGAUGAGCAGUUUAUAUUGGGAGAUAAUGAGGUGGCCACUGAACGUUCUGAAGAGGGUGAAUCUACUCAGCAACAGGGGCAACAAACUGUCCGUCAACUUGCCAGAGAGCAAGUAGAACGAAAUGUUGCUUUAAUAAGAAACGUCAUGCUUAAAAGAGGUAGGCGAGAAAUUGAGGAGUAUGAUGCUG